AUGGACUCGAUGGAGGGGCGUUCGAGGGUGCAGCAGAACGACUUGCUGCUGCACGAGGCGGUCAUCAAGAACGAGCCAGAAGCCGUCAUCGAAGCCCUACAGAGACCUACUGAUGUCAACUGUAGAAAUAAUUACGGCAGAGCACCGAUCCACUGGGCGGCAAGCAGAGGCAAUGUGGCUAUCAUCAAAUUGCUCAUCGAAGCCAAGUGUGACAUUGAAGCGGCUGACAAGUUCGGAAUGCGACCACUUCUAAUGGCCGCAUGGCAUGGACAUCUAGAAGCCGUGAAGACACUCGUCGCAGCAGGGGCUUGCCUGGCGGCUACUAACAAGAAACAGAACGACCUCCUGCAAUGCGCUUGUUCCCGCGGAGCCCUGGACGUGGCGUCCUACGCCAUUGAACUGGGGGCAAAUGUGCAAGGAACCGACGCUAGCGGUGACGCGCCGCUAGCGUUAGCAUCCCGCGCUGGUCAUGCGGCCCUGGUAGAUCUGCUGUUGGAAAAGGGGGGUUACAUAGACGCCGUUAAUAAGGUGGGCCGCACAGCGUUACACGUCGCGUGCGAGGGCGGGCAUUGCACGACCGCGUCGCUUCUCAUCUCGAAGGGGGCGAGCAAGGAAGCCCGGGACAAUUCGGGAAGGACGCCCCUCCACCUGGCGGCCGUGCAUCGGCACACUGAGCUCGUUGGCGUAUUGCUGGAUUGUCAGUGCUUUGUCGAUGCUGUGGACAAUAACGGCGUCACAGCCCUACAGAUGGCAUGUGCGCAAGGUUGUCGCGGCAUCGCAAUGCACCUGCUGAAAGCUGGCGCGAACGUGCAUCUACAGAACAAUGUAGGAUCAUCAGCCCUCCAUGCGGCGUGCGCGGCGGACGCGGCGGAUAUCGUGGAGUUGCUGCUGGCGAGAGGCGCUGACCCCACAGUCACUGAUCAGUGGUCCCAGUCCCCUGUGAGCGUGGCAGGGGGGGCCGCCGAGGGUCCCCCUGAAGGGUUCCGCCGCGCCGCCAGGGGUUCCUUUUCAGCUAUAUUAGAUCUACUGACCGCGACAACCAAUCUGGAUCAACGACAGGAGCAAUCAGACGGGUCCACAUCUCGACGCAACAGUGACAAGUACGGUGGUCACUCUCCUUCUUCCAGCGAAACAAUGGAUCAGGACAGUGAGCGGUGAUGGUCGGCCACCACUCUGCUCGACAGGCUGGCACAGCGAG